CUCCUUUGAAAAUACAGCUGACUGAGGAGACGAUGAUCUUGGGAUUGUCAUCUUAGCAAGUAAAAAGUGUAGACAAGGGAAACAAGAAUGGAUUCCAAUAUUCAGGCGAAAGCUCCACUGGAUUCAGAUGUAGACUCACUGUUUGGAAAAUCAAAACCAGUGGUAUGGCGGACUGUGAUGUUUGUGGUUCUAAUUGUUGCCACACUAGGAGCAGCUAUUACUUUUGUUAUAUACUUUGUGGCAGCUAAUCAACAUAACAGCAAUAAGAAUGGACCAAGUCAUGUGAAAAAUCCAGUCUGUAAUGACCAAUGUGUGUUAUCAUUAGUGGAGAGUAUACCUGUUGGACUGACCUUUAAACCAGACUCCCCUUCUCACCCAUCGACUUUCUCAGGCUUAAUGAGUCUGAUGGAAGCAGCAACAAAGAGCAUAGAAAUAGCCUCCUUCUACUGGACACUGAAUGGCUCAGAUAUUGAUUUCCAUGACAACUCAUCUUGGGAGGGAGAAAAAAUAUUACAGACUCUAGCCAGUGCAGGCCAUGACAGAAAAAUUAAAAUCAAAAUAGCUCAAAAUGAACCAGAUGGAAUUAACAAAAACACUGAAUAUCUGGCUAAAUAUGCUGGAGCUGAAGUAAGAACUCUGAACUUCAAACAGUGGUUUAAUUCUGGGAUUCUCCACACCAAAAUGUGGCUAAUUGACAGAAAGCAUUUGUAUGUUGGCAGUGCAAACCUGGACUGGAGAUCAUUAACUCAGGUGAAGGAGUUAGGGGCUGUGGUGUACAAUUGUAGCUGUAUGGCAGUGGACAUGGGUAAGAUAUUUGAUGUGUACUGGUAUUUAGGGGCUCCCAAUGCUUCCAUCCCCAACAGCUGGCCAGCACAGUUCUCCACUUCAGUCAAUGACAACACAUCCAUGCUGAUUAAAUUCAACAACUCAGAGGCAACCACUUAUUUAUCGAGCUCCCCUUCCCCAUUGUGUCCAGAGGGGAGGACCAUUGAUAUAGAUGCCAUAAUUAGAAUUAUUGACAGUGCUGAGGAAUUUGUUUAUGUGGCUGUCAUGGAUUACUUCCCCACAACUCAGUUCCCAGCACAUGGAGUACCUAGGAGAUUUUGGCCAGUAAUUGAUGAUGCCUUUAAGAGAGCUGCCUUUGACCGUGGUGUUAAUGUCAGCCUAUUGAUCAGUCACUGGAAUCACACGUGGGAAGACAUGCCUAAAUAUCUGAAGUCAUUGGCAGAAUUAAAAAGUUAUUGGGAACCCAAGAUUGAUAUAAAUGUGAGAAUAUUUCAGGUCCCUGCUUUUACUGAGGACCAAAGAAAGAUUCCCUAUGCUCGAGUUAAUCAUAAUAAGUAUAUGGUGACAGAUAAAACUGCUUAUAUAGGGACAUCUAACUGGUCUGCUGAUUACUUCAUUGAUACUGGAGGUAUAGGGUUGGUGGUCAAUCAGAACAAAUCCCAGGCAGACGUCCGGCAACAGCUGGAGGAUAUCUUCCUGAGGGACUGGCAUUCCAACUAUUCCACUUAUAUCUGGGACUUCAACUUUACCAGGCCCCAUCACCAUUUCCAUGUUCAUACUGAAUUGUAAAGUUGCUCAAGAGGCAUUACUGGCUGUAAAUGAAUCCUUAUUGAGAUUAAUCUAGUGCAAUAUAUGAAUUAUUUUACGAUGUUUGGAACUGUAUAUGCCUCAAAUACUUGUGAACAUUAGUUUUUUUUUAGAGGAAAAUAAUGAUGAUAAGGAUGAUUUUCAUGAUCUAACUACAUAGAUGGAUAUAUAAUAAUGCCACCAUAUGUUGCUUUUGUCUUAGUUUUUGAGUUGAUUUGAGCAUGUUGUAGAAAUCCCUUUUUUUGUCUGCUUUCUACAAGAUUGAAACUUAUUAUUGGUAAUAAUUUUGAAUUGGUGAACUACAGACAUAGUGUAAUUAAGGGCUGGUCCACAUGAGCUGACUUGUAGUAACAAACUCACAAUAUUUAGGUCAUUCAAUGUCCAUACUGCAAUUUUUAUUGUGGGUUAAUUUUACCAUAUGAUAAGAUUAAUGAUGUCACAGUACUGUUGGUUCUAGUUUAAGUUUACCUGCUGUAUGGGUGGUGUUCAUUAAAUAGGUGAACCUGUACUAAGACAUUAAAAUAUGAAUCCCUAUCUUAUUGAAUGUGUGAAAAUAGUAUAUAUUUUACUUUAUGUUUUCAAUGAAUUGCAAGAGACAAGGACUUCCAAUUUACAGUUAUAAUGGUUUCGGCUGUGGAUAUUGGCCUGGGUAGCUGAGUUGGUAGAGCACCUGACUAGUGAUGCAGGUCUCCCAGGUUCAAUUCCCAGCCAUACAUUUUCUCCUUUCUUAUUUUAUAAUUUUGUGCCAUUGACCAUCCCUGGACUUGCAGGUGAAAGUCCUGCCAGGUGCAAAUAAGAUCUUGGGUUGUAUGUUUGAAGACAAUUUAAGGAGGGAAGAAUGUAAUGAUUUGGACUGUGGAUAUCAGCCUGGGUAGCUCAGACGGUAGAACACCUGACUAGUGAUGCAGGGGUCCUGAUUUGAUUCCCAGUCCAGCCAUACAUUUUCUCCUUUCCUGUUACACAUUAUUACUGUGUGUAUAGUGUAUCUAAAUAUAUUUGUAAUCAGCAGAUAUGUGUAGCAUAUUGUUUUUCAGUUUAUUUUUCAUUUAAGAUUUAAUCAAUGUUCUCAUUUGUUGUGUUUCAAGUGUUUAAAACCCGAGUUUAAAAGAGCUAUUAAAUUCAUCUAGGAUAUUUAUUUUGUAUGAUUAUAAAACACUUUCAUUUUUGGGGACCUGUAUCAGUGUUUGUGAUAGCUAACAUAUGUAAAUGAUUUUGAGUUUGCGAAGCUGAACAUAUGUAGAUGUACUUUAUUUUUUAUUAUUCCAAAACCACAGAGCUUUAACAAAUGAUUAUGCUACUGAAUCCUGAGUCUUCUAGUUGACACUCCCACCCCAUUCUACUAUUGUUCAUUCUUUCAUUUGUUUAUCAUGCAUGUUUUUUUAUAAGUACAAUGCUGUAUGUAAAAGAACUUUUUUCUGUAGGCAUUGAUUUUCACAGAUUUUUGAAAAUCAUUCCAUUAUUUUUAUAAUAAAAUAUGAUGUAAAUUAUAAUAUACUACUUUAGCAU